AUGCAAGCUUUUUGCCAUCCAGAACUUUCACGUUCCAACGUCACCGAAGAAUUUGCUCUUCAAAUGACACAUAUGAGAAGUACUUUCACAAUACUGCAGAUAAUCUUUUGCGUGAUCGGCAUAACGGGUAACAUUCUGAACUUGCGUACAUUGGCAAGCCCAUCACUGCAAACUGUACCAUUCAUGUAUAUUCGCUCUUUAGCAUAUUUUGAUCUGAUCUCAUUGUCAGCUAUACUGGUACAUUUCAUGCUUGAAAGAACUACCAAACACUACAUUCUUGUAGUGUACUCGAACUAUGUAGAGGCGCCAUUUAUAAAUACGUUCCUAGUCGCAGGCCUCUAUUGUGCUUUCAUGCUUACGGUGGAAAGGAACAAAACUACUAUCAAAUUGAGUAAUGAUGGCUCGUAUCAUAUUGCAAAUAAUGUGGAUUUACUCUGCAGGGAACCUCACUGGACAAUUUAUAACUACUAUAAAUUGAUCCGAGAAUGCUUACGAUUCUUUUUCGUUGCUCUGAUGACUUUGCUGAACGUAAUCAUUGCUCGUAAGCUCCAAUUGAAUAAUAUUCGCCGACGUCGUUUGGUAAGACGUUCAGUUCCCUGUGACGUUGGCUCUCCAGAUCAUCUUAGUGUAAAAAGGCCGAACAGCCCGGAAAUUAGCUUCAACAGGUAAGA